UGUUGUAAGAAGGGACCAAAUUCUGAUAAGCUGCUGUAUGCUACAAUGGCAACAUUAGUAAACUAGAAAAGCAAAAAGGACUUUCCCUGGCUAAAGCCACACCCCCAGAAUGCUGAAGGAAGAGGGUCUGGUUGUCUGUGCUGAGAACACAUCACACGCCAACUUCUCCGGCUUCACACUCGAUUACGGCUGUUGAGAAAGGCAAAGCAUGACUGUGGCCUACGGGAUGCGCGCGCGUUGGCUGCUUCGAAGGUGUGUCAUCCUAUUCCUGGUAUCGGUUCAGUUCAUUCAAAGUAAAGAUGUCACCAUGGUGAUAGGAGAGGUGGGUGGGGCUGUGACCCUCCCCUGUACCUCUGACAUCCAGAGACUGCCAAACCACCUGUAUGUACAGAGACCUGACCCAAACAAGUUCAUUAAUGGCUACCAUAAGACGAGGGACUUACCAUCCCCUCACCCGGAGUAUGCAAACCGUACUCAAGUAGACCACACACAGGGAACGAUGAGGCUGUGGAGUAUACGGGUGUCAGAUGAGGGGCCGUACGAAUGCCACAUUGGAUACCCAACCGAGAACAACCAGAAGAACAUACAGCUCAGUGUGACAGCCAACUACAGCAUCCCCAAGGUAACAGUGGCCUGUGACAACGGCAGCUGCUUAGUAACAUGUUCCUCUGACAACGGUUACCCUCGUAGGGAUGUUGAGUGGAGCCUGAACCCUCCUCUGGACCAGAGCCACUGGGGUGUAGUGAACAGCAGUGGGGGGAGAGACCCGGUCUCUAUGCUGUUCUCUGUCUUCAGUUCCAUAUCCAUCAACUGCUCCUCUGGACCCUGGCUGAACCUCAGCUGUGCUGUAGGGGGCGCCCUCUCACAGGAACACACUGUCUGCAGGCCUCCUGAUAUCUCUGUUGUCUCUGUGAUCUCUGCUGUCUCUGUGAUCUCUGCUGUUCUGCUGUGUUUCCUGGUUCUGGUAUCUUGCAGCAAGAAAAAGAAGGCUCAGACAGCCAGAGGUAAUCAAGGAGGAAAGGGAGCAGCAAGAGAUGAAAAUGUACAGCUGACCUGAAGGAACCCAGAAACUUGAACAUUUGGAAGGCAGAAUGUGAAAGGUUCUAUCAUUUGAUAAUUAUAAAUCUGAACUCAUUGGAUACUGCCUUCUAAUGGGACAUGAUAAAGGGGUUGCUGAGGUGACCUAACCAUUGCCUGGACUUGUUGCUGUUGGAAACUAUGUUAGCUUUCCUCUACACGCUGCAGUUCAGGGGUGUUUUCACGGUGUUGAGGAGACUGACAAUUGUAUAAAUAUUUAACUAGUAUGUUCAAAUGACUGAGUUCCACAGAAGAACCAAUGAAAACUAGAAGUGCAAUGACUGUCCUCAAUGUGUGCACUAAACCAGGGUAUGUAGUAUCCAAGGAAACAUAUCUAGUAUUUGUACUGCGUUUGUAUUAGGACUAGAGACAUGCACUGCACUUUAGAGAAGUGUACACUUAUCCAGUGAGCACUUAUCAGGGAUGGACUGUAUUCAACUGAUGAAUACUGGAAGUGGAUAUUGAAAGUGGAUACUGGAAGUGGAUACUGGAAGUGAAUACUGGAAGUGGAUACUGGAAGUGGAUACUGGAAGUGGAUACUGGAAGUGAAUGUGUCUGUCCGUAAUAGAUCUUACCUCAGAUCCUAUACCAGCAUCUCCCAGUAGGUCCGAGUCCACCCCACAUACAGUUGAAGUCAGAAGUUUACAUACACUUAGGUUGAAGCCAUUAAAUCUAAUUUUUCAGCUACUCCACAAAUUUCUUGUUAAUUAACAAACUAUAGUUUUGGCAAGUUGGUUAGGACAUCUACUUUGUGCAUGACACAAGUCAUUUUUCCAACAAUUGUUUACAGACAGAUUAUUUCACUUAUAAUUCACUGCAUCAUAAUUCCAGUGGGUCAGAAGUUUACCUACACUAAGUUUACUGUGCGUUUAAACAGCUUGGAAAAUUCCAGAAAAUUAUGUCAUGGCUUUAGAAGCUUCUGAUAGGCUAAUUUACAUCAUUUGAGUCAAUUGGAAGUGUACCUGUGGAUGUAUUUCAAGGCCUACCUUCAAACUCAGGACCUCUUUGCUUGACAUCAUGGGAAAAUCAAAAGAAGUCAACCUCAGAAAAAUAGACCUCCACAAGUCUGGUUCAUCCUUGGGUGCAAUUUCUAAAUGUCUGAAGGUACCACGUUCAUCUGUACAAACAAUAGUACGCAAGUAUAAACACCAUGGCACCUUGCUGCCAUCAUACUGCUCAGGAAGGAGACGUGUUCUAUCUCCUAGAGACGAACGCACUAUGGUGCGAAAAGUGAAAAUCAAUCCCAGAACAACAGCAAAGGACCUUGUGAAGAUGCUGGAGGAAACAGGUACAAAAGUAUCUACAUCCAAAGUAAAACGAGUCCUAUAUCGAAAUAACCUGAAAGGCCGCUCAGCAAGGAAGAAGCCACUGCUCUAAAAUCACCAUAAAAAAGACAGACUACGGUUUGCAACUGCACAUGGGGACAAGAUUGUACUUUUUGGAGAAAUAUCCUCUGGUCUGAUGAAACUGUUUGGCCAUAAUGACCAUCGUUAUGUUUGGAGGAAAAAGGGGGAGGCUUGCAAGCUGAAGGACACCAUCCCAACCGUGAAGCACGGGGAUGACAGCAUCAUGUCAUGGGGGUGCUUUGUUGCAGGAGGGACUGGUGCACUUCACAAAAUAGAUGGCAUCAUGAGGAAGAAACAUUAUGUGGAUGAAACAUUAUGUGGAUAUAUUGAAGCAACAUCUCAAGACAUCAGUCAGGAAGUUAAAGCUUGGUCGCAAAUUGGUCUUCCAAAUGGACAAUGACCCCAAGCAUACUUCCAAAGUUGUGGCAAAAUGGCUUAAGGACAACA